UGAAACGAUUUGUUUGCUAUCAGAAAAUAAAUCUACCAGAAAUGAUUUACUGGAUCUAUUACUUCCUUAUUGCAACUGCCAUUCCAGUUGAAGCACGUGACGUUGAAACAGUUGAAGUACUUGAGGAUGGAUCAGCAAACAUCACAUGCACAGCAAAGAUCACGGACACACGAUGUAUCGUUAAGUUGAUUCUUUAUGACAGAAAUACAAAGAAACUUCUCACGUACCCUAGAAACGACGGCUUUGAUGAUAACCAAUUAGACAGAGACGGGAUUAUCGAUGCGACCGGAUAUAAGGCUAAUCAGUGCAACAAAGCUGGCGUGAUGAAAAUUGUUUUACUCAUGCAUAAUCUCAAACGAGGAGAUAGUGGAAUCUACAAGUGCGAAGUAUACUUUGAAGAAGAAGACAGGCUCCAAAUACAUAUCAAUUUGACAAUAAAAGCUAGAGAACAACAGAGCUUGUCGUUUAUGUUGUCGGCGUUGAAUAAAAUUAAAUCAAUAUCAUCUUACAUGUGCACUGACAAAUACGAAGCAGUGAUCAUUUUUUUCUGCAGUGAGUCUCAGAGUGAAAUUACCGAGCCAGGGAAAUAUAUACUUCCAAAUGAUUGCUAUGAAAAGGAUACAAUAAUAAAAGACCACAUUACAAAUGUGAAAUACUGUAUGGUUAAUGCCACUGACCUAAUCACUAUGUACGUCGUAUAUCACUCGGAUACGUUCAGUGAAGCGUACAUGGCAAUUCCGUUGAGCGAAUGGCGGUCAAGAUAUCUUAUCAUUCUUAGCAGCGAAUCGGGAUUUUUCAAGAUAAUACUUGCUGUGCUGCACUCAACGGCCAGUGUCGUCAUUCAGGACAGAGGGAGAUAUAGUCCGCUAAGCAUAACAUCGGAAAGGACAGUUGGAGGUUGUAACAGCACAAUAACAAAGAGUAAUUUUGAACAACAAAAUACAUAUUCUGGCUUGUAUUUGUAUUCCGAAAAAGAUUUUGGUGUUAUUGUAGGUCAGUGCUAUUAUGAUGAACAGACCUCAAAAUAUAACAUAGAAAGUGCUUUGCCUAUAAUUGACUACCAUACAUACGAAUACAUCGCGUUCUGUAACAAGUUAUGCAGUUGUAAGCUUGUUGUAUACUCGUUGGUGUCCGAGAACUUCACAUGCACAAACAUAUCAAGCACAAACCUACCAAGUGCUUCCAAGCGUUGUUACCCUGUCGCAUCAUCAGCAAGCGCCACUGUCUAUUUGUAUGAUUAUGGCGGAUGUAUAAUAAAUGGGAGUUCCCCUAUGCAAGUAGUCAUUUUAAUUCAAGCUUGUUGGAGUAACACUGUGGCGAUGUGCACCGUCAUACCUACGCAUCUUUUUUUAGUCAGCUAUACAUGGAGAUUACCAAAUGGAUAUUCUAAUCAUACUCUUGUGGUGAUAUUGUUGAAAGAAUCGUCGGAUAUGGUCCGCAAUUUUGAUUUGGACGGCAAUUUCUUCGAUGAAGGAUCGCACUACAUUGCGGUCAGCACCGGCGUAACAAUUAUAAGCUAUACCUUAUCAAAAAGAAAAAACUAUUUUCUAAGUAGUGCUUCUAACUCCCCUAUUGGAUGCUACAUUUACGGAGAACAUCAGACUACAAGCUACGCAACACCUUUACACUUCAAAUUCAAUUUCCCUAAAUAUGUCUCUACGUCUACAACAAACACGGGGCACUGGUGUACGCCUAGCUCAACUAUUGCUGGGGAUAACACGGACAACGACUGUGAUGGAUAUAUCGAUGAAGAAAUAGACAAUCAAAAGGACGAUGAUAACGAUACUAAAAUAGAUGAAGACAUAGCUGCAAGUACAGAUACAGGUUGUCUGCCUGGUUGGUUUGGGACUAAAUGUGACAAGUUGUGCCACUGCAACAACUCUCAGUGUCUGAUGAACGGGAAUUGCAAGGAGAAUGUCACCUGUCUUCCGGGAUUCUUUGGCUUACAGUGUCAAUACAGAAAUCGUGACAUGAAUAAAGAAAUAUCUGAUAAUUGCAAGGCGGUGAACCUACAACUAUCAAACUGUGUUGGUGUUUCUGGUCAACAAGAUAAAGAUUAA